AUGAAUAUUUUAAAUAAAUAUAAAUUAACAAAUCAAAUUAAAUUGCCAAAUAAUUAUAAAGCAACAGAACCAGGAGAUAAAGAAGAUAGUGCUGUUUUUGUAACAGCUUCAGAUGCUAAACAAAUAGAUGCACUUAUUUCCUUAAUUGGUUCAAUUAAGCACAGAUUUGGGACAAAGCAAAGAAUUAUUGUAUACGAUCUUGGGGGAAUAUUGUUAAAUGCUAAAAUGGUUGGUUAG